ACGUCAUUGAGGCAUAUGUGUUAAUGUUUAAGAAAGAAAUGUGCUGAAAAGAGUUUAAAAACAGAAAACAACCCACACUUAAACUAUACUUAAAAAAUGUCUGACUCAGAAAAUUUUUCAAAUGAUGAAAUAUUUUUUGAACAAGAAAGUGAAGAUGAAGAUGUUGAAGAAAUGGAAGGAAUGAUGAAGGCGUUGAAACCAUAUCUUUUUGAACCAGAAAUAGAUAUCUCUUCCUCUGAGUCGGCAGCUUCAGACGAGGAAGAAUUUUUAGAUUUAACUAAUGAUGAAGUUUCAGCAGAAGAAAAGACAAGAACUGGAAAUACAGAGUGGUGCACCUGUGGAAAAUGUAAAGUAGAGCAAAGAGAUAUUGAUUGUUUGUGUUGCCAAGAAGUUGGGGCUUUGCAAGACAAAAUUGAACAGCAACUAUGUGUAACACAAUUAGAAUAAUUUAAGACACUCUGUUUGAAUGCAGACGUUUUAAAAAAUCUUCUUGUUGGAUUACACGAAUCAAAAGGAGACCAUUUAGAAGAAAACAUAAAAAAUAGGUCAAUGCGAUAUGCUGCAUACAAACAGUUUACAUGGUGGCUGUACCAACAUUUGGGGAAAGGAAAUCGACGUGUUAUUCCGUCUUGUGCCUUGUGGGAAAUACGAAACUUAUAUCCAGAGCUUGAUAAUAAUUAUGUUCCUUACUCCGAAGGAAAGAAAGACUAACAUGGAAAUUUAAGACUUGUGUCAUCUUUAUAUUUAAUAUGGUGAAUUAAAUAUAAAUGUCUAGAAAAAAA